AUGCGCUUCCCACUGUCAGGCGAGCCAUCAGUAGUGCAGUACAUCAGUAUGUUUAAUUACAGCUUCUGUGGUAGUUAUGCUGGGCAGGUGUUUUGCAUGGCUUCUGGCAUGGGUUCCGUGAAGGCGGAGGACCUGGAGGCGCCUGGAGGACGCGACUGCGGAGCGGACGAGGACGCCGGCCCUGGGGACCAAGGCGCCGUGAAGGGCGAGGACCUGGAGGCCCCAGAGUCUGGAGGGCGGCACUGCGGAGCGGACGGCGACUCUGGAGGCGAAGGCCCCGUCCCGGCGGAGACCCCGCAGCUGGUCAUCAGCGGCACCUUCUCGCUGGCUGGCCCGGCCGGCGGUGCGGGGCAGGUGGAGCAGGCCUCGCGGCGGCAGCGAGGCGGGAAGGCGCGGCUCGCGUACAAGUGCGGGGAGUGCGGCAAGAGUUUCCGGGCCGAGGCGGACCUGCGGAAGCACCUGGCGGGGCACUCCAAGGCGGGGCGGCACGCGUGCGGAGUGUGCGGCAAGCAGUGGACCAAGGCUGCGGAUCUGAAGAAGCACGCAAGGAUCCACACCGGGGAGAGGCCGUACCAGUGUGACGAGUGUGGGAAGAAGUUUAACCAGGAAAGCAAUCUGACUGUGCACAAGAGGAUCCAUACUGGCGAGAAGCCGUACGAGUGCGACGUGUGUGGGAAGAAGUUUACCAAUCUCGGUACUCUUACUGUGCAUAACAGGAUUCAUUCUGGUGCGAAGCCCUACGAGUGCAAGGUGUGUGCGAAGAAGUUCUCUGAUCCCUCAGCUCUACGCCGCCACAAGGGCAUUCAUACUGGACAGUGACUUUGGGAUAAGCUGUGCUAGUGUGUCGUUUCUUGCUUAAGGCUUUGGAAUAUGUCGUGUGUAUAACGUACUUUCUUUUGAUAUAUCAUUUCAUGCUCGUGAAAGCUAUCAGCUACUAAUUUUAGUUUAAUUUUGCAAAGUCUGUAAUCUUGUUAAACUAUUUCCCUCCUUUCUUGUAUUUUUGUGUCAUGUUGUUCGUUGAUGAUAAUCAGUUAUAAUCAUUAGUGCUUUUCUCUUUUGAAGACUUCGGUUUUUGUGAAGGUUAUUCGGUUCAAACUGUUCAAAUCAAACACGUGUACUCGCUCUAAGUUGUGAUGUCGCUCGGCUUGACUGUUUGGUGAAAGAGGCCUUAUUUGUAAAGUUUUGUCAGAGUCCACUUCGGUAUGUACAACAUUUCUCGGAGUGUUUUCGAGUAUACCGAAGCACCGUCGCGCAGUACUUUGGAAACUGUUUCAACCGUUUUCAUGUUGCCAAUUGUUUUUUUGCCGCUAACUCCUACUGCAGUAAUUUUUUUCCUGUUUGUGAGUUCCGUCCUGUACUGGUGUGAUAAGUGAACACAUGUGCCAAGUGCAAGAGCCACAUUUCUUGCGAAGUGUAAAGGCUUUGGAGUGUGUUGGGGCAGAAAGAGGUUUCCUCCGAAAUUUUAUUCCAUGCUCGUAACACUUUGAGUUCAUAAUUUUUGGUUGUACUCCAGGAAAGUGUGUUGUCUUGGUAGAGCUACCGAACUGAACUUCUGCGAAGUUCAGAAGUGUUAAAAGCCUUGUUCUUUUCUUGUUUUUUUUUUGUGUCGGAUAACAAAGUAUUUAUUGAUGAAAGUCACUAACGUAUCUAAUUUUUAUUGGGAACAAUUCUGUUUUUGCUACAAGGUUUUACGGUUGAAGUUGUUUAAACAAAUGCCUGGGCUCGCCAAAAAUAAGGAAGUCCUUCGUCUUGUUGUUGUUGAUUAACAUCGUGUUAGAAUCCUGAAAUAAAUAAAAACAUUUUUCGACGUGUUAUCGCGCAUUCUAAGAGUACCGUCGUGCUGUACUCUGUAAUAUGUUCCAGCCGUUUUCAUGAUGUCAAUUUUUUGCUGCUUUUGCCAUUAUCUGUCAGACUUGUUUUUCUGCAUUCUGUCUAAUAUUUUCUUGCUGUUUCAGGACCA